GGCGCAUACGUCUCUUGGGCUUGAUUCGCCUCAAGGGGGUGGGAGGUGCCGUGAGAGCGCGUCGACGUGGCUGAGCAGGGAGAUAUUGGGAGACCAAGUAGGGGGCAAACCCCAUUGGAGCCUAGGAGGCCGACGGGAAAUGAAGACAGAAACCGAAGGCAGGACUUGGGACGCGGGCGAUUGAUUAGUUGAAGCAUCAUGCCCGCUCCCGAGAUACCUACCUCCCUGCCAGGACAUUCGUUUUCCUGUUGAUACAUGGAAAACCACGGCUUGCCUCAAACUAGAACUUGGUUCGAACUAGAACUUGGUUUACUUGCUCAUUGUUUCUGUCUCUUUCUCUCCCGCGCCGUGAGUGACUGAGUCUCCUACCAUUAAUUGGCAUCCCUUUCAUCUCCAUCCCUUCCUUUCCUUUCUACUUUUGGUCCUUGAACACGGGUCUCCCCCCUAAAGUCCCUGAAGAGUGUCAACUCGCUCAUUCAUCUUCUUUUCGUUUGUCACUCUGGUCAUUUCCGUCUUCUUGCCGAAGACCCAUAUCCCAUCCAUUCCAUUUCUGUACCGUAUCUUACCGUAUUUCACCGUAUCUCUUCGUCGGCACUCACCUUUCUCCUUUCAUCCCCUCCCUCCUCGCCUUCUCACCUUAUCCAAGACCACCUGAUAUCAAAUCCACCUCUCAUGCCACCACCCACGCCAGCCAUCCCAUCAUCCUCCGUCCUUCGACCGCUCAGCAUGUCUCAAACACAGUCCACUUGACUUGAGGAGACCCGCCAACACCACCACCACCAGGACACAGCGACACCCAAGACGGCGACGCGACAAGACACAAUAGCACGCCGAAUCGCGGCAGCUUGCAUCGCCCUCACAUCUCGCCUGGGAGUAACCCUCUCCCUCGCUCUACAUGCGAGCCCCAUGGGUACUGCUGGAGACAUUCGAGCUCGUCUCCGAGCAAAGUUCUCAAGAAGAAAUUCGGCGACACCAUCCUUGGCAUCCAACGGAACCAGCAUAAGCACCAACGGGGAUGCUCAUGGCUCACAGCUAGCGGAUGGGACGAGCCUCGGGCGGCAAUCCUCGGCCGCUGCAUCCGUUCCCAGGUCGAGGGCAAGCUCCCAGCACGCGCACCCGCACCCGCCCUCACCUUCGCCGACGCCAACCAUGCACCAGCCACACCACAACCUGAUGCACAUUCAAACUCAGCCGCAGUCAAGUGGAGUCGUAGGUACUCCUGGUGCACUUCAACCCCCCUGCAGCCCAGGUGACCGCUUGCUGCAGCAGAGAUUGAAGGCAAUUACGGUUGAUAACACAGCAGCGGAGGGUGCCCAUACUAAAGGGGACCCCCAAAAAGAAGAGGCGGAGGGCGACCUAGGAGGAGAAGAGUUCUUGCCGCCACAGUCGUCGCCGUCGCCGCCGCCGCCGCCGCUGCCAUUAAAACAUCAACAAAAACAGCACCAUGACAAGCCGGUCCGUCAUGACAUUCGAAAUGAUGAUGCGCAUCGCAGCAGCGAUGAGUGUUUGGUGAUAGAGGAAAACUCCCCCACUACUACUGCUGCUACCACCACAACUGAACCAGCGGACAACCACAGGCCCGCAAGUCGUUGCAGCUACACAGACGACAGAGCUGCCGCCACUAGGGACAACGCCCCCAAGCCACACCCCAACAUUGACUCGCUGGCUCCGAUGCAGCCCGCCGCGUCUGACCGACGCUUGGCUAGUGAACCGAUGGGCAUAGAUCUGCCCUCAUCCGUAACCACCACUGCUCCCAUAAACAACCUUCCCAGCAUCAACGAAGACCAGACGCCCGAGGCCGACAACAAAACACAAAACACUCUUCUGCCACAGCCGCUGCCGCUGCCGCCCAAGACCGGCGCAGCUCCCAUCGUUACUCUCGAGGCUGUUUCCAGCGACGACAUCAGCGGCGACCAACUCGAUCUGGUCAGCCAUGCCCUCGGCACCCCGGCACCCGUCGCAAGCAGCAUCCUCCCGACCUCUCCCCGGCCAGACAAUCCUACCCGUCGACAGAGCCUCAUACCCAGUCGCCAAACGACAUUGAUCCGUAACUUGCUCGAAGCACGAGCCGACCACAAAGCCAACCCGGCCAUCGCCGAAUCGCCGAUUUCCAACACCACAAACAUGGUCACCCGCAAGGUCUGGGUCAGGCGUCCCAGUGCCUCUCCGACCAUCAUCACCAUUAAUGAGGACGAUCUGGUCGAUGAUGUGCGCGAUAUGAUACUGAGAAAAUACGCCAACUCGCUUGGCAGACACUUCGACUCCCCCGACCUCACACUCCGGAUAUGCCCGCGGGAACAGAGGCAAGAUCGUCUCCUGGGCCCGGAAGAGCCCAUGGGUCGCACUCUUGAUGCUUACUUUCCUGGUGGCCAGAACGUCGACGAGGCCUUGGUCAUCGAUAUACCAACCCGCCGAACACCAAGGCCAUCACCCCGCGCGCCGACACAUGCCACGACCAUCUACUACAAUGAUGACGGCAGGCCAUCUGAGGCUGGUGAAGGGUAUUUCCCUCCCGUAGCAGGAGCAGCACCUCUUCCGUCGCCAAACCUGCCUGUUCCCGUCGUCGCCCCCGUCACAGUUCCUGCAACGCAUCCUGCUCAUCCUGCCCAUGCCCACACCGCGCAUGUGCAACAUUCCAUUGCGGUUCUUGGGACCGGUCAGAUACCUCUGAUACCCUCACCCGGGGGUACAAGAUCCCGCGCAUACCGAGAACGCCCUGAACGUCCCCGCCUCGGAAGAACACAUACCUCGUCGCCCACUAUUUUGAACCAGGUCAACGCUCAGUCCAUGGCGGCGGCGGCUGCUGCUGCCGUUCACCCUGCCCAUUCUUUUCACCCACGGUUACCGCCUUCAAGAACACACUCAAACACUUCGGAGCAAUCCAACGUUCCACCGGUUGCUCCGCCACUUCCAACCCCACCUGCCCCGGAAGUCCAACCUGCAAGAGUCGCGACCCCGCCGCCAAGAAUUGCCUCUCCUCGGCCGGCCAGUUCUCGACCCAAGAAAGCAAAGAAGAACGUCGACCAUCCAACCUUGCCUGCUGGCAUACUCAACGGCGGAGUACCGCCCAUCAACGUACUGAUUGUGGAAGACAACCCAAUCAACCUCAAGCUACUUGAGGCCUUCGUCAAGCGCUUAAAAGUGAGAUGGAAGACGGCAGUCAACGGCCGCGAUGCCGUCACCAUGUGGAGGACUGGUGGAUUCCAUCUUGUCUUGAUGGACAUCCAGCUUCCCAUCAUGAGUGGAUUGGAGGCCACUAGGGAGAUCCGAAGAUUGGAGAGGGUGAACUCGAUUGGCGUCUUUUCUUCGUCUGCAUCCAGCGUGCCCGAGGCCCCUAAUGGCGAGCCAGAGGAGAAGGACAAGUUGACGAACAUGGAGCUAUUCAAGAGCCCCGUCAUCAUAGUGGCCCUGACUGCCAGCUCUCUGCAAAGCGACAGACACGAAGCACUGGCUGCAGGCUGCAACGACUUCCUCACAAAGCCUGUCAACUUUGUUUGGCUAGAGAGGAAAGUCAUGGAAUGGGGCUGCAUGCAGGCCCUUAUCGACUUCGACGGCUGGAGGAGAUGGAAAGAUUUCUCUCAGCAAAACGACGAGGCCGAGGCAAAGAAGUCUGCCGCUCUGAAGACGAAGGCAAAAAAGAACCGACUGUCGAUGACGCCCGUUCCAGCAUGAGGGACGGGUCGAUGUCUAUUAACAUUGAGCGAUUGUCUUGCCGGGGCCCAUUGUCACCCACAUUGGCCAAGACUAAAGGUCAAGACAGAAUGUGCUUGGUAGAACAACGAUGACGCGGGGCCUGCUUUUCCAGUAGCUCUCCCCGCUAACAAUAAGUAUAUCAAACAAACUAGAUCAGAUAUCUGGAUCACGUAUGCGAGUGAGCAGCCUGUAUGCUCAUCUGUACUGCCGCUGUAGGGAUGGAGAAGGUUGUGUUAUCGCUGGCACCGGGUCAUCCAAGGAAAUAAACGCCUUGAAUGAAAUACACGAAAAGGAAUGCGCUGAAUGGUACCAUGGAACAUGUACGCACGCAAGAACACAAUAAUUAUAAUCAACAUAGACGAUUU